AAAACAAAAAUGUUUUUUUUAAAAUACAUAUUUAAAUGUAAUGUAAUUUAAAUGGUUUUCAAAAACUAUUUAUAUAUAAUAAUAAUAAGUGUUGACAAUGUUUAGACACGUUUACCGAUAUCUGCGGCCGACCUGCGGUUCAAUCAUUUGCCGGCCAAACAUCAGUUGUUGUUGUUGUGGUCGUCAGCUAAGUGUUACCGCCGGACUGUUCAAAGACAACAACAACAACAACCCGAAAGACAAUAGCGGUGACAAUAAAAAUAUUGAUACCAUACAGACAACAACUACCGCCGAUAGCCGACAAACAACUGGAAGUGAUGUGUCAGUCAAAGCGGACGACAGCGAAGUUGACGAAUACAAGUGGGGCCCCAACGAAGGUGUUCCCUAUGAUCCGCAAAAAGAUCCCGCACUGACCGUUGAACACACGCCAUACAAAUACCCGCAAUUUUUUACCCGACAAAUCCGUCAGAUGGGUCUGAAACGAGCCGUACGGAUCAUAAAAGACGACUUGAGUGUACUGAAGACGGGUCGUAUCAAACGUCCGCCUUGGGAAUUGCCGCCACCCAAUGAAGUAGAUGUUGCUAUUUUUGGUGGCGGUAUUAUCGGGUCAGCGAUCGCCUACUUUCUCAAACAACGAGCGCCGCAAAGCUUUACCUGUUGUGUCUUUGAAAGAGAUCCCACUUACACCAGAGCAUCGACCACCCAAUCCAUUGGCGGUAUUCGUCAACAGUUUUCGCUAAAUGAAAACAUACUGAUGUCUAUGUAUGGCAUCGACUUCUUGAGAGAUGUCAAAAAACAUUUGAGUGUCUUAGACAAUGAACCGCCGGAUUUGCGUUUUCAUCCGCACGGCCAUCUGGUUUUGGCCACCUAUGCCGGUGCACAACAAUUGGUCGAAAAUCAUAAAUUGCAGACCGAUUUGGGCGCUUUUGUCGAACUCUAUACACCCGACAAACUAAAAGAAAAGUUUCCGUGGCUUAACACCGACGGUAUUGCCAUCGGUUCAUACGGUGUCCAGAAUGAGGGCUGGUUUGAUCCGUGGGCUUUGUUGCUGGCAUUCAAAACCAAAGCCCAGACAUUGGGUGUCGAAUAUAUUCAGGGAGAUGUUCUUGACUUUAACCUAAUGACGAGUAAUGCCGCCAAUUAUGACCAUUCGGGACAAUCGCGACAACAGGUCAAUCAUGUUAUCUAUAGAAAUCCUGACGGAUUUGUCAAACAGAUGACGUUUGCCGCCGGUAUUGUCUGCGGUGGUGCCAGUUCGGCAGUGUUGGCUGAUAAGCUAGACUACGGUAACAAACCGGGAAUUCUAUCCCAUCCAUUGCCAGUUGAGCCCAGAAAACGUUAUGUCUAUGUAUUCAAUGCACCCGAUGGACCAGGUAUUGACUUUCCGCUGAUUAUGGACCCAUCAUCUGUGUAUUGUCGUCGUGAAGGUUUAGGAGGAAAUUUUAUUUGUGGUCGAAACCCGAGUGAAGAUGAAGAACCUGAUGUAAGCAAUUUGGAUGUCGACUACUCUUACUUUGACACACAUAUAUACCCGCAACUCGUUAACAGAGUGCCCGCAUUUUCAUCGGCCAAAAUCAAGGGCGCCUGGAGUGGACUCAUCGAGUAUAACACUGUCGAUCAAAAUCCAAUUAUCGGACGCGAUCCCUACUAUGGCAACCUAUUUUGGGCCACAGGUUUCAGCGGACAGGGUAUACAAAUGGCACCGGCAGUUGGCCGGGCUAUGAACGAACUGUUCUUUGAUAACGGAUAUCAAACUAUUGAUUUGUCGCGAUUUUCGUGGCAAAGAAUUUUGAGGAAUGAGCCCAUAAAAGAGGCACAAAUUAUGUAACAAAAUAAUAUAUUUUAU